AUGGAAUAUACUUCUAUCGCAGAGCUCAAGCCAGAGCUACCCGCGCUCGAAUCGAAGCAGAUACGCGGCGUCGUGACCCUCAUAUGGCCAUAUUCCUCCUCGGCGCGCCAGUUUGCAUUUCUUCUCGGUGAUCCCGAUUUCCGACGACGACGCAAAGAUGGGCAGGUCAGAGUGCGCUUUUCGGGCUCGAGCGCAAGAGCGAUGGCAAGCACGAAUAUCGGCAUCGGCGACGAGGUCGUCUUGAGCUUGCGCGGAGUGGUAUUUGUAAAAGAGAAGGAUGUCAGCACGCCGGGGAAAAGCGUUGAUUGGGAACUGGCCUACAAGCAGACACUGUCUUCGAGAGUCGUGCGACAGGGAGAGGAAUUAGCCGACUUGGACCUCAUCAACGUUGCGCCUACGCCUGCGCCGGCCUCGCCUGUGAGAGCAACUCCGCGCGCUUCGAUCGAAUCGUCUUCUCAGUGGUCCUCGCCAGCCUUUUUGAAGCGUUCGCGAUUUUCGAACGGACCUGUCGUCGCACCGCCAAUCGACCCGUUUGCGGACGAUAUUGAGGAUGGACAUGCUAAGAAGCGGCGGAGGAGGUCAUACAGAGACUGGAACGCUUGGACGUAUCUGGCGCGCACACCGUCGCCAGAGAAAGAGGAUGUAAGUAUGGACGAGUCGGGUCGUCCUGAUACUUCACCAGUUCGGCCUGUGCUGCUACCCGCUACGCCUGUAUCCCCUUCCAAACUGCCGGCAAAUGCUGAUACGGGCUCUCCUGAAGAGUCGCAUGGCCAAAAUUCAGACACGGAAGACCAUGGACAAGGUGCAGGCAAGAGCAACCAUUCUGUGGGCAAGGACGGCUCGUAUGAGCGACCCCAACCUGGGAUUGACGGGACCAACGAUGAUCUUGUACAAGACGCCAGUUAUUACGAUUUAUACGCCGGGCUCGAUGAACAACCUCCCGCACCAUACGAGGUUGCUCGGUCAAGUGAUACCGAGCCCAAUACGGACGAAGAAGAUCCUUCUGAGGAUUCGUACAUCCAAAUGUCGCAAGGAACACAACACCCUGACGAUAUCGGAAUGCGAGAACUCAUGCACGUUAACGAUGACGAAAUGUCAGAUGUUGCCGUCAUCGAAGCCGAUGAGAUCCAAGAAACCCCAUACGUUGACGGUAAUGCAGGGAGCGGUCCCGAAAAUUCAAGUGUCGCGGCUGCUGAGGAGGAGGUUUCAGAGAUCGUGAAUCCGCUCUCAGAGAACGUCACUACAGAGCCUAUAGAAGACAAAAUGAUACAUUCUACGCAAAUGCACAGCGUCACCGAGGUAAAAUCGGAGGAGCAUGAUGUUCUUACGUCCAAAACAUCACAGACGCGAAUGCAAGACGGUUCGCAGAAGAGUGACAACCCGAUAGUACUGGAUAACGUUAUCGAUGAUGCUCCCCAAGCACCUCAUCUUGUCAUGCCGCCUCCCACGCUAUCGCUUCUUCAGACAGACUUCCAGACCUCCUACGUCCCGGGUACGCUGACACCAAUCGGCAAAGAACCUUCGAGCCCAAACUUGCAACCUUUGGAUUCCUCCACACUUCCUAUGCCUUCUCCAUUUCCUGGUGGGCGUGACGGGAAUGUCUCGUCUUUCCUAGACUAUAUCAGUACCCCGCAGCAGUCUGCGCCGCAAAGCGUUGCGGGGGAGACGAGACACGAGAUACCCCAUGACGAGGCCGACUACAUCUUGGAGACGAGCUUCUAUAGCUCAGUAAGCUCUUAUCGUGCACCGGCCUUUCAUCCAACGCAUGAAUCUGCGUUUACCGAUGUGCGAUUUACAUUUGGUAUGGAUGGAGCUGCCUUUUCGCGGCCACAGACGUCUUCGGGGGCGAAUGAAGCUUCAAAUGAGCCACCUAUCUCCAAAGAAGCUGCUGAUGGGGCGGCACUUUCGGAUCCUGUUCAGAUCAAACACAGCUCGAUAGAACACGAUCGUGAUAUCACAGAGGCACCUGAACCCAUUUAUACCUUCCUUGCGAGUCCUUCGGUGAUACAGCAUCAUGAGCCAAUCGAAACAGUCUUUCUAUCCUCGAGCUCCGAGGACGUCGAGCGCAAUGAACAGCCGGACAUCGAAAUGGAAGAAACAACACAAAAGAAUGACGAGGAGAAGGCAAAAAUUGGGGGCCUUGACGACGAACCAGCAAGGAACGUCGAGCGCGAGGAACAGGCCGACAUAGGGCUGGCUGACGAAAGACAUGAAAGUAACAAUGAAGGAGUGCUCGAUGAGGUCUUUGAAGACAGACCAGUCGUACUCGAUGCCAUGGUCGAUCAAGGGAAAGUAGACGAGGCGGAACCGGAUCGUUCGACUGGUGCUGUUGAUGCUGGAAUCGAUCAUCACACUGAUAGCGAGGACUUCCAUGCAUCGCAGGUGGAUGCUACGCCCGGUCCAUGGACACAACAGUCUGCCGUCGCUCCAGAAGUCAUCGAUCUUGGGUCACCCUCAAAUGAUAGCGAUAAGGACGAGACGUCCAAUCAAGUGGUGGAAACUCGCAUUUCUGUUGAUGCAAUUCAAGAACAACCACAUGAGGAGUCUGAUCGCGCUGAACGAACGAUCCCUAGAGAGCAUGUUCGGGAAGACAAGUUAGAGCCCGACCAUAGUGAGGACGCUGUUCUACUAGAGGACAAGGCACCGUCCAAUCGUUCCCAGGAUGACGUACCAGUGGAACUAAAUGAGGCUGCGACGCGCGCUAUCAAGCCAGAACCUACGGAAGACGUGGCGAUCCACGUUGAAGUAGGCUCAGUCACAAAUCAUCCGGAUACCCUAUUGACAGAUCUCACCUCAACCCAGGAGGAUGUCAAGAUCGAAUCGGUAGAAGAAGCAUUUUCAAGCUUCGUUCAUGAUGAUGAUGAUGAUGAUGAUGAUGAUGUUGAACAAGGGGAUGAUGCUUCCUCAAUUGACGAUCAUUCCGAGCUGCUCAUUGCUGUCCCAGCGGAAGGCCACAAAGUUGGCGAGCUUGAAUUUGUGUCAGUCCCCGAUGCCGCCCCAGCCCGAAGCACGCGAUCCAAGACGAAGACGUCGAUAUCUCCCGAGAAGGAAGCUCACGCAUUCGCAAAGGCUACUCGAGCCCGUAAGAGAGGCUCUCUAGCAUCGCUUUCACAACUUUCUCAAAGGACAAUCUCACCACCUGCGACAAGGUCCAGAUCCAUAAUCACACCCACACCCACGAAGGAAAGCUUCUCGGCAUCUAAUUACAAUCUGAGAUCUCAAUCCAAGCAUCAUUCCCCAACGAAGCUCAACAUAGCAAGUGCUAAGAAAACACAUUCUCGUAAGGGUUCAGCGCAGACGAACUCUAGUGCGGAACCCUCGGCGCAACAAGCCUCGUUCACCCAAGAUUCUUCAAACACAGAUCUGGACUUUCCUUGGACCAACUUUGGACCGUCUCAGGAAUUGGGCACUCUGCAAGGAAAGUAUGCAAAUGUUCCCUAUGUGAAAGACUCGGAAGAAGGCAGUAUGCGUUCUGAUCAAUCUCUUUCUACGGUCCAGUACUCGGAUGAUUGGAAUAUGAAUAUUAACUUCAGUGAUACUCCAUUACCUGAUGGACAGGUGAGAGGGCCUGAGUCGACGCCAUGGAAACGCCGUACUGCGAGCCGGGAUCCUACAACACCUGUGACACCAGUACAAAAUGCGGCAAUACAAGUCGCCUCGACAACCCGGAGGGCUUCGCAGAAGUCGGUGUCACCUUUCGCGACGCAAUUGCCUUUGAGUAGUCCAAUCAAGUCUGUUGUUUCGAUCGCAGUCGCGUCGAGCAGUCCUCGCAGGUCGCGUCGUGUAAAUAAGGAUUCGAUAGAUCUCCGUGCAGGCGCCGACCAGGAUACCGAACUGGGUAGCUCACCGCCAGCUACCUAUCAGCUCGACAAGAGCACUGAAUAUGCGCUCCGCUCACCGCGAGCAGAGAAAAACAAAGCCGCCUCCGCAAACCAGCAAUCCGUUCUCCCCAUGACGCCAGAAGCAACGCAACAUAUAAAUGGCGAGUCGCAGCCGAGCUUCUCAACAGCGCAAGACCAAAGUCUCCCGAUGACACCACAGCUGACGCAGUCUGUAUCUGCUGCGCGUCACUCGUUCCAAGCCAACUCAUCCGAAGAAGAUGAUACCCUCGUGCAACAUGGGUCGGGUUUUAGAUCAACGCCUCGGCGUGAUGCAACGGCCACAGACAUUGCGUCACCUUUAGAUUCGCACCGACCCAGCGUGCACUCGGCCUCUGCAGACGAGGCUGACCUAGCCGAAGUCGAGAGACCUUUCGUUGGACUCUCUACACCCAUAGCAUACUACACCCCCUUGAAAGAUCUUCUCUAUUUCCUCAACCGCUCCUCGAAAUUCCACUCGGCCGGCUCGCCCGACGUUCUUGCUCUCGUUACCAGCGCCUCUACGCCACCCAGCCGGGCAACGAAAGGGCCUAAGCACCACACGACAAGUCUGCACAUCACGGACCUAUCUGUGUACCCCAGUCAGACGACGGUGCAGAUCUUCAGAGCAUACGCUGAUGCACUCCCCGUUGCGGAAGGAGGCGAUGUGGUGCUCUUACGGGCAUUCAACGUGAAGAGCGUGAACCGGCAUCCAUGCCUGGUCAGCGCGGAUGAGAGUGCGUGGUGUGUCUGGCGGUACGGGAAGCCGCAUUGGGGCAAGAAGAGGGGCAGGUUUAGCGAGGUGCGGAGCAGAGAGGAAGUCAAGGGUCCGGCUGUUGAGCGUGGUGAGGGCGAGUGGGGAGAGGUCGAGAAGUUAAGGGCCUGGUGGACGGAGACGGUGAAGAGGGAGGUGGAAGAAAAAGCGCGCAGAACGAGGAGUAAGGAUAAACAGGGUGAGGCGUCGCAAUCGCAGUCGCAGACUUAG